AUGGCGCAAGUCCACAGCGCGCCUGCACCCGCACCCCCGCAUCUCCAACUUCAACACCAAUACCAAGCACACCGGGACACACCACGGCCUUUUCCAUCUCUCCAGCAAGAACUGCCACCCAAGAGACAAAAAACGACGCAGCAAGCCUCGCCACCACACUCUCUCGCACAUUCCUCCUCUCCCUUGCUAUCUACCCAUACAGGCUCAGCAUUCCAUGACCGGAUCCUACAUGCCACUAGAACCACAAACUCAAACCCAUAUACCAACUUGGCAAAUAUAUCGUACCCGCUCUCCUACCUCCGUACACCUCUGCCCGAAUCCAAAAUUACACUUCAAGCUACAAAACCUCUCGCAAAGCCACUGCACGUGCAGCCUCCUAUCUGGGAGGAAAAGGGCCCCGUUAUGAGCGGGGCUGUGGAUGCGGAAUGCGAUGUGAUACUUGAGAGUAUCGAGGGCGGAGAGGAAGGAUUUUGCGGGGGAAGAGUGGGUAUGUGGAAGAGGGGUACUGAUAUCGUUGAUGAUGUUGAUGGUUUUGGGGUUGGGAUACAGGAAUGCAAAGGUCAGCCGGAUUCAGAAAGGCUGAGAGGAGUAAAACGUGGUGCUGAGGAUGCUGAAGAUUGGAUAAUUGAUAAGAGACGAAGAUGGGAUGGCUAG